AUGAGGAGGCUGUGCCGGGAUCCCCCAUCUGUCUUACAGCUGGAAGCAUGGCUAGAUGUCUACAAAGGAGAUUUACACCAUGUGGACCAAGUGUUCCCAAAUCUGUACCUGGGGGACGUGUAAGUAGCAUUAAUACAAACAGCUAAAGGGUGUCACAUAAAGCUUUUGUAAAAGCAACGGUCAGGGGGUCUCACACAGGUCAGGUCAGAUAUAAUAAGGACUAACCAGAUUAAUAAUGAUCAUCACAGAACCUGGUAUUAAACAACUUAACUGCAUGUACAUUACAUCGACACAGUUAACAUAUUAUAGCAUGAGCUGCAUAAAUUAGCUCAUUGUGGGUAUAGCAAUCAAGAGAAAUGUAUUAAUCAACUGAUUGUUUAUAAGAAAUACUAUCUAUAGUUUGUGUAAGUAUACAUUAAAAUUGUUUAACAGUUUUCAAGAUAUUUUAUAUAAUAAAUGUAACUUGGCUUUUAUAUAAUGCAUUGUAGCAUUGGUUUUCUGUUCUAACUUACGUAGUCCAUUGCUCAAAAUACCACCUGAGGAGGGGUCGGGUGAAUGGUGGGAAACAUGUUUCAGGUGCAAGUAUUUUUCACAGGUAUCUUAAAUGGAUAGCCUAUGAGGGAUGAUGACUUAAUUUAUCACAAACAAAGUAAUAACAUAAAAAUAUUUGCAUGCACUGAGGUCUCUUGAGACUAGAAUGUGUCUUAAAAAACCCUUCGGUUAAUUAUGGUCCUCCCAUUGUUUUCAAUGUUUUCAUUGAGCAUUUGAGCAUAUCUUUCAGCUACGGACAUUGAGAACAGAAUUGGGUCUGUGUGAAUAGAGAACAUACAACUUGGCCACCAUGUCAACCAGAGCUGGCCAUGUGCAAACAGCUUCUGAAGCUAUUUUGCACGGAUAGAAAUAGGAACAGUGGCAACCAAAUAUAAACAUUUUUGGAGACUUUUUUUUAGUGUCUCCAGAAUUAGAACACUCCAGACAGGAGAAAGUUUGUUGAUCCAACGUCAGGACUGUCCCAUCAGAUUCUGGACUGUUGGGAUGGGAGCUACACAUUUCUAUUCAGCUAUCAGCUUUCUAUUAGAAAUUGUAGUUUGUGGUAUAUUCCCAGCCAUGAUGAACUUACCUAAUGAAAAAAACCCCCACAAUUAAAGCUAGAUUCACAAGGUAAUGAAUAGAGUGAGACAUGGUUUUUCAAGGAUGAAACUUAUGGCCUUGCAUGUCCACAGAUGCAGUACAUUCCAUUGAAAGCGAGGAGACAGCCCUCACAAGCCACUUAGAAUAAUAUAUGAUAUUAUACGAUGAUGUCACCUGAAGCUGUAGAAAAUAAAAUGUAGCAGGAAUGGAACUGAUGCAGUGUCAUAAAGUCAAACAAAACAGAGAUAGACCAAUACAGAAGCAGAAUAUAUUACUUUUUUACAGAAAUUACAGAAUUCCGUAUUGUGUAAUCCAGGAAACUGGUUACAAAUAGAGUUAAGAAAAUAUAUUAUUUAUGUCGAUGCUCAAACUAUCUUUUUAAAAAUCUUUGAGUGAACAAAAUUCUUAACAUAAAAAUGUCACAGUUCAUUACACUUUGCUGAUUAGGAAAUAGCUCAAUUUGAUCAAAUUAUUAAAUAAGCAGCAUUAAGUAGAUUCCUUUAAAUAACCCUUAAAGGAAAAACUAUUAAGUAAUUAAAAAUGAUAUGUACAUAUUAAUUAUUAUUUUUUUGAAUUAUAAUAUACUUUUAACCUUCUUGUACCAUUAUUAGUUUUGCUCCAAGCUAUUAGGCCACUGUAAAGAAAAUAAUAAGACUACUAAGUAAUCAUUAAGAUAUUGAUUUGUUUAUAUUGCCAGUAAUCUUACUAUGCAUUUUAACAGAGUUAUCGCUGAAGACAAGAGCAAACUGAAGAAAAUGGGUAUCACCCACAUUCUGAAUGUGGCUCAUUCUGCUUGGGAGUGUAAAGGAGAUGAUAUCGUGUAUGGCCCUCAUAUACAGUACUAUGGCAUCACUGCUGAAGACUGUCCGGAGUUUAAAAUCAGUACGUUUCUGCGGCCUGGAGCACAGUUUAUUCACGAGGCUCUAAGUACACCCAAUGGUGAGUAUACAUAUGUAACCAAGGAUCUCUUGUAAUACUUAGAGAGAUAGACAGAAAGAUUUAGAAAAAUCUAGAUCCUCCAGCCUCUCAAACAUUUUUUCAAAUAUGUUUUUCCCUUUGGUUUGAUUGAGAUUCCAACAUUAUGAUGUCGUUGAAAGCACCAAAAUAUUCUAUAUCACUGAUUUCUGAGAGCCAAUUUCUGAGAGCCAAACCAUGAUUAGUAGCAGAUCUUGUUGAUGUGUUACUCCAAACUCCAAGCCCUCUGUAGUGGUUAUAAUGCCAGGAGUAACGUGGCUUGGUUUAGUGACGGUUUGUUCCCUUACCUGGGUCCCUGCUGGGCUCCUGUCUUUCUGGUAGCCAAUGCAGUCACCACUCAUUAGCUGGGAGAGUCAACUAACCACUUUCAGCCAAUGAAUGUAAUUCUGUGCUAAAAAAUAAAUAAAGUUGUAGUUAGUUCCGGUUUGGCUCAUGACAACCCAGUGACGGUGCUAGAGAUGGAUUUACACCACUGGCGGCAGAGUGUGUUCAUAACAAAAUGUUGCACAUGCAGAAUCCAGGCACCAUGACCACUUCAACUCACUGAAGUGGUCAUGGUUCCUGUAGUAAACCUUUACCUGUUUUUAUUUUAAAUAUUUUAUAUAAAAAUAUAUUAUUGUAUAUAGAACUAUUUUAUAUAUUGUAAUUUAUUCAUGAAGUGUAAACUGUUAUCUUACACAAAAACUUAAUUGUGGAAAUGUUGCAGACACAAAGUUUAACCCCUUUGCUGUUGGAGGAGUAAUUCCAUCUCCGGCAUGGUCAUUGGGACAUCAUUAGACAGCCUGGCGGGGACCCACGGUACAGAACAAACUAUUGCAAAACAGCUGCACAGUAUGCUCCAUAAUUAGAACAAGGCCAGGGCUGCAGUGGUUACAAUGCUUUCAGGGUUAUUCACAAAAAGGAGAAUUGAAAGUGAAUUUCAGAUUUAAUGUCAGAGUAGCUGAAUUGAAACAUAGCUGACGGUGGCUAUAUUGACCUUAAAUUUGAAAUUGACUUUGAAUUCUCACAUUAGUGAAUAACCCCAUUUAAGUAACACUUUACUAUAUCUUAUUUAAAGUUAUAUAUUGUGUACAUAUAGGUGCUCUAUUACCAAUUUUUCUUCCUCCUAUAACAUAUCAGAAUAGGAGUUAGUCAUUCCCUUUUUGUGUGAUUUGAUGGAUUGCUGAUGUAAGGGAGUGUACAUUUACUUACUGACUGAUUUAGGAAGAGUUUUAGUAGCAUUCUUACUUUUCAGGAAAGAUUCUGGUCCAUUGUGUGUUGGGCAAGAGCCGAUCAGCCACCCUGGUCCUUGCUUACCUAAUGAUUUACCAACAAUUCACCCUGGAAGAAGCCAUCCGUCAUGUCUGCCGAUUCCGCUGCAUUGCUCCAAAUCGUGGCUUCCUAGAGCAGUUGAGACAGCUAGAAAUGGAGUUGCAGUGCAGGCGAUGUUGUAUCCUCUGA